GAGUUGGCGGAUGGGCGUGAUUUCAGAAUAAAAAAGAAGUUCACCUUGCCGUGCAACCUUCCUCCAAGGCAACCCGGACAUAUCACUCGACUGGUGGGUAACUGAAGUAAAAAGUAUUGGUGGGAAAACCCGUGCGAAGUGCGUAUCAGCCGUGUAGUGUUGAAGUUCAACAGAAAUCAUCAUCCAAAAUAUUUCUACUAGUUCAUUUUAACCCUUCUUUCACAUUUUUCAAACAAGUGUUGUUUGGUAGCACCUUAACCAAACAAGUUUCUGAAGAGCCCAUUCCCCGGAACGAUAGUAUCGAGAUAAAGAGAAAGUCCAAGACUUUCACCAUCAGCAGAGACUUUCACGCUAUGUGAGAGGCCCACACUGCCCCGGGACUUGAACGCAGUGCUACAGGCAAUCAGGAUAUACAUAUACAUAUUUUUUUUUUCUUUUUAAGUCGCAGUCAUAUAGAGGAUACCGACUGUUGCAGAUGUCGUGCAGCGGGAAGCCGCUUGUUUAAUGCACAAUCACGCAGUUGUCGGUUACGAAAUGCAGGUACAAAAGCCUUUUUUGACAGAGUUUGCGUGAGCAUAAUAUAGUACGAGCUUUAACAAAGAGAAAAGAAUCAAAGUCGGCCAACUAAGCCACAUUCUCCCCAACUUGCGCGUGUUUUUAUUAUUACAGAAUAUAGUACUGUUAGUUAUUAUUUGAACAGCAGUGUUUUCACCACAGUAGCUCAGUGUCUGUGUCCUGGGCAUGAUGUGCAUAAUGUGGUCGGUGAAUUCCUUACUUCGUGCGACGUGUUUAUUGAUCAUCAAUGUAAUUACAACAACCAGUUGUAACGGUCAAUAUGUGAAUCGAACCAACAUCGACAACUCCGAUGGUCUAUGGGUCUUGACUGCUGAUCCACUGAAACUUGAAAAAAUCACGGAAAAAUUUCCGUAUACCAUCAAUCUAACCUUGAGUUAUGCCAAAAGUGAGGAUGAUUCGCCACCGGUUUACGCAGCCACACCAGAAGCCUUUCGUUUUGUCGUAAAAGUCUCAAUGUCAAAUCGACAGACUGUGGCAAUUCAGGAUAACAACCAGAAAAUCGAGUUUACUUGGGCCGAAAUUACUGAAGGAACUAACAAGUCCAUCGAAGUUAUCGGGCAAGUAAUUGGUUACGUCGAUCUCAACUUUGUUUUGGACAUUUUACCUGCAAACGAUUCAUCCGUUCCUGUGAAAACGAUCCCCAUUUUAUCCAGCUAUUUGGUGACCGUCGUUCGGGCUAGUGAUACGCUGGAUAACGUAUUCACCAUUAUUAUGAUUGUAAUGGCCGUGCUUAACUUAAUUAAUAUGGGAUGCGCACUUGACUUGGCUAUCGUAAAACAAAACAUUCUCCGUCCAGUCGGAUUAAUCGUUGGAUUCAUCUCCCAGUUUACUUUCAUGCCAUUGUUUUCAUUUGGCGUAGCUAUGCUCAUGAUCCAGGACCCUCUGAUGGGUUUUGGAUUGUUGGUGAUUGGCGUUUGCCCCGGUGGCAUAGCCUCGAAUUUUUGGACGUUGCUGUUGGACGGUGACGUCAAUCUGAGUAUAACUAUGACCUUCGUUUCAUCCAUUGCUGCCAUGGGAAUGAUGCCAUUGUGGCUUUGGCUAUUGUCUGGGUUCUUCUUACCUAAAGGAUCGUCCGUCAAAGUGCCUUAUGAUAACAUGGCCCUAUCUUUAAUUUUAUUGACAUUUCCACUUGGAAUCGGAAUUUUGAUUCGUCGAUUCAAAUUUUCUCUCGCCGAAUUUUUAACUGGGAAAAUUCUGAAAAAGUUUUCCGUCUUUUUCAUCAUCUUUAUUAUCGGACUGGGAAUUUACAGCAUGUCGCACAUAACCGUUCUAAUGGAUUGGAUUUUGUUAGCUGCCGGAUUAGCCGUGACAGUGUCGGGUUUCCUGUUUGGCGCUGUUUUCGCUUGGGUUGCGCGGCUCAGUCGCCCACAGAUUAUUGCCGUGUCGUUAGAGACGGCUAUGCAAAACGCCAAUAUUGCCUUCGUCCUACUGAAGACAACUUUACCGACUCCAUACAGCGAUAUUGCUGCACUUCCGGCAGUGGCUCAGAUAAUCAUGACAACUUCUAUAUUGUUUUUCUUUCUAGGAAUCAAUACCACGUAUAAAUGCGCUCAGAAAUACUGCAUACAACCCAAAAAAGAAAAAGAGGAAAUAGAAACAAACAAUUCCAGUGGAUAUCGCAACAAAGCAUAUUGCACCGAUGAAACGACUGCAGUAGGAAAUCCAUUGUAAUCCAAUCUCUUGCAACUGUAAAUAUUUUAAAAAUCCCAAACGAGUAUAAUAGACUAGAGCAAUAUGGGAUAUAUUGCGGUCUUAGGAAUACAGAUAUGCUGAGGGAGUCAUUGAACGUUUUGAUUACAUUAUUCAGACAAGCACAAUUUAUUACUUUAUCCAAGUGACAUAAAAAUACCUUUAUAAGAAUGCCAAACAUUCCUUUCCAAUUUUGUAUUGUACUUGGUGAUUUGUCGAAUAAACUUUUGAAUUUUU